UCACAAUCUCUAGCAUCGAACGAACAUCAACCCUUCACUCACGACCUCAAACACCAAUAACUACAUCUUCUUAAUGGCGCCAACUCUACUCCUCAUUCGCCAUGCACAAGCGCUGCACAAUGCCACCUCCGACUGGUCGCACCGUGACCCGCCACUCACAGAACUUGGUGAACAGCAAUGCCGGGAGUUACAAGAGUCGCUGAAGAAUAGUGGAAUCGCAGAUCAGGUCGAGCUGAUUGUAGUGAGUGCCAUGCGCCGAACGUUGCAGACGGCGACAAUUGGGUUGGAUUUCUUGAUCAAGGACAAGAAGAUUCUAGUCCUGCCGGACGCGGGGUGGCAAGAGAAUUCCGACAAACCGUGCGACACAGGAUCACCCAUAAGCACAAUGGAGGCCGAAUUCCCGCAGUAUGACUUCUCUUCAGUUGACCCACUCUACCCCGACAAAACCAGCGACCUCUCCCAUAAUCCAUUUGCAUUCACUCGCAGUGCUAUUCUCUCGCGUGGUCAAGCCGUCUUGGCAUCACUCUACUCACGCCCAGAGAAGGUCAUUGCUGUGGUCUCUCAUGCCGGUUUUCUGCGUGUCGGUGUCGCCAAUCGGCGUUUCUUCAAUGCUGAUUGGCGUGUCUUUGACUUCGAUGAAGAAGUCUUGAGGGAGAGUCAAGAGAAGGGGGAGGGUAUUGACGGGAAGGGUUUGUUCGUGCUGAAAGAAUGGAAGGAGACGGAAGAGAAGGGUGGAGGCAUGGGAAGAAGUGAGCGAGGCUUCGUUGGCCCACAAGACUCGGAUUUCCCGCCUGAGACAGCUCUGGACCAGAGCACAACUGAAGAUCCUACACAGUAGGUGAAAUGGUCUGAUGAUGCUAAUGACCUAAGUAGAUAGAGUGCAUUCACAAGCAUCACGGCGGUGGCUCGAGGCGUGGUACCGGCAGAUGCGGCGUUACAAGAAUAUCAUAAGCUUCCUCAUGUUCUACAUCCAGGUGUAAG